AUGGAUGUAAUAAAGUGGGUUGACGUAGAAAUGUGCACUGCUUGUAAGUACGACUAUCUUCAAAAAGGAAAUUACUACAACCAUUUGCACCAGGAGUCAAAAUUAUAUGGACGAAAUAAUUACAACUAUUUACAAGGAUAUAUCGUCAACGUCUACUGGUCAACUGAAUUUACCGUCGGAUCGACGGGCUAUCUUCGCUUCGUGUCGGAUCAUACUGCACAUUACACAGGAUUUAAGUUGACUUUCAUAGCCAAGUCUCAAUGGGUGGGUAGAGUUAACUAUCUAAAUGCAACGGAAGAUGAAACUAUUGAGUUUGGCUCACCAAAAGUCGACAUUGAGAACUAUCCCUCAAGUUACGCAGAACAGUGGAUUUUAAUCGUCCCUGAGGGACAGAAUGUCCAGAUAGACUUUGAUAUAUUUGGGCUGGAAGACAGUGUGGGUUGCAAAAACGAUUAUGUUGAGUUCCGUGAAACAUCCAUCGUGGUUGGUAAUCCCAAUGGCGGUAUUGGUCCAAUCCUGACAGGACGCCUGUGUGGAAAUACAAAGCCAAACUCGAUACUGAGUCAAGGGAACAUGGUUUGGGUUCAGUUCCUGAGUGACAGUAAUUCCACUACUGUAAACAAGGGACUCAAAGCUUCUUUUAAAGCAGUUGUUUUAUAUCGAUGA